AUGACCGACUCAUCCUUCUCCGACGACGCAAUCCUGAUCCCAGGUCCAUCUUUCCACAUCAACCUCUCCGCCCUCGAUGCCUGCCAUCCGGUCCACUACAGCCGUCGCCUCCUCAUUUUCCGCUGCGCUUCCUCUGCACAACGUGACGCGCAACUCGCCGCAUUCAAGACCGGCAUACAAGCUCUCAUCCAGCGUUGUCCCAUCUUAGGUGGCAUCGUUGUUCCCCUGCCACCCGAUGUUGCCAAUGGGAGCCAACAAGACUGGCGAACCAUCGUUCCUGGCCGGGGCGUUGAACUCAUCGUGAAAGACUUGCGAACAGAAAUAUCCUCAUUCGAGGAGCUCGAGGCGGCCGGGUUUCCAGCUCUCCAGCUUCCUUAUGAUCUCCUUGUGCCUAUACCUCAAGGCCUCGGCAAUGACCGCCCGUUUGCUGCAUGUAAGAUGCAAUUCAGCGCCAUCGAUGGCGGUACGAUUCUCACAUUUGCUAUGUCACAUUCCGUAGCCGACGGCAGCGGGACGAAUGAGCUGAUGCGGAUACUGAGCGAGGAGACGCGACUCGCACAGGAGCAUUUAACUGAAAGCGUGGGAAAUGAGGUACGCUCAGCUGCUGUGACUUCGGUCAUAGGCCUGGACCGGAGCGUUAUGCGCAACAUGUCGAGCGAAAUAGCGUUUGAUAUAAAAGACCACCCUGCAUACAGGUGGAAGACGACUGCUCCAGCAAACGAACUGCCACCAGAACAAGCACUAGCCCAUCCCUUUGAGGCUACAUCACCAGAAAUCCCAGUCCUCCUUCACAUCUCCCCAGCCAGCCUAGCGCAACUCAAGGCCGACGCAACGCUUCCGGGCGCGCCACCGAUUUCUACUCACGAUGCAUUAAGCGCCAUCAUGUGGCGUAGUGUGCUUCUCACUCGUAGUCGACGCUCCGCUUUAGCGCAUGGCCUCCCGGCAACUACUAUUGGAAGUAUCUUCAUGCCUUCCGACGGGCGCCGUCACCUCAACCUGCCGGAGUCGUAUGUCGGCAAUGCUGUCUAUCAGCUCACUGCCGGGCUAGACCUUGGAAAGCUCCUCUCGCCCUCCGGCCUCCAGCAUGCUGCAAGUGCCCUCCGGUGUAGCAUUACAUCCGUGAAUCCCGCGCUCGUAUCUAGCUGUAUAGCCAUGACGAACGAAAAGUGGAUUGAUUGGCAAUUCAUGCUCACAGCGUCCACGACCGGAGUAGCAAUGGGCACGGACUGGACGAGCAGUUCGUUGUAUAGCCAUGACUGGGGGAAGGCAUUUGGGCCGCUGGUCAGGUUUAGAUACCCUGGUGAGGCCUUCAACUGUGUCAUGCCUAAGCUACCGGACGGAAGCGCGGAGUUGAUGGUAGCCGUCAUGGCAGAUGAGGUGGAGGCGUUGAAGGGCACUGAUGGCUUUGGGAAAUACAUAGAAGCGCGAUAG